AUGACUGAAAUUAUAUCAAACGCGUUCUGUCUCGUGUUGUUCUUGGGUUUGGGGGUUUCAACACCUCAAGGCAAUAGGUAUAACGAAGGGAUCCUACAAAAUGAAAGAUUUAGUGAAUUCAAUGUACCAGGAAGGUUUGAUGAACGCGCGCCACCGUACGAUGUUAAAUAUAAGCCAAAUGAAGUAAUGGAACAGGAAAGUCAAAGGAAUCUCUUAUUUCAAAACGAAGGCUAUAAUCAAAAUGAAUUUCAAGGCAAUAAAGGAGAAAUUACACUGAAUACCCGGCGUGGGCCUCUCAAUCCAUCUAUAACGAGUUUAGCUCAGGAACAAAAUCCACGUUUUAUAUCUCAAGAAUAUCAGCGAGCACCAGUUCUAAACAGUAAUGAAAUAAGGGCCAUCAACAACGAACAAAGGAUAUUGAAUCACUAUCCAGAAGAUUUCAAAAAUAUCAACAUACAUAGGAACAUAAUGCCUCAGGAUAAAGAAGAGAUAAUCAAUGUGGAAAGGAAUAUAAAUAAUGUAAAAGAUUUCGAACCUGAAGUUCUUUAUAGACCUUCCGUGCCUCAAGCAAACAGAAUUCAUAACUUUAGACCAGACUAUGAAGAAAACCGUGAAAUCAAUAUUCCUGGCGUCGGUGCCAUUAUAUCAGAAUCAAAUAAUAACAGAAAUGUUAUUUUACCAAAAGUAAAUCCUAUUUCUCAAAUAAGCCAUAUGAAUGAGAGAUUAAAUUUGCCAGUUGAGCGAUUAGCCAAUAACAUGGAUAGAAACAACGACGAAGACGGAAUACAAAUAAACGUGCCACUAGCAACACCUGAGUACAUACAUUCAAUUUUGAAUGAAUACAGACACACGACACAAAGAAGCUUAGACUCCCUUAAUGGUAUGAAAAAUGAAAAUACUUUACUUUAUAGUACAAAAAACGUAGAAGGAACCUUUCAAAAUCCUUCAGCAGAAAUUCUUUACCAAACAGGCCGAGCAAAACCAUACGAAAUAAGUACCGAACAAUUAUCAGAUUUGCCUCAGGGACAUGCACGCGUUGAAAAUAUUUUAAGCAACCCUCAAAGAUUGAAACAUCUCUAUUUAUCCUCAAAACCAUCGAAGCGUUACAUGGUUGUGUAUCCAGACGGUAGAGUCGAGCAAGUAGAUGAGUUGGAACAUAUCCAGAAAAAUUAUCCAAAUUAUGUUAUGCUUCAAGCCAAAGAACUUUUGCAGAAAAGUCAAGUGAACCCAAUUACAACUUCUGAAAUACGAGACUCUGCUAAGCCCGUUCUCUCUACGACUACUCCGAUACAACCAAUAAAUCCUACAAUGGAUACUAAAAUAAAUCAAGUAAAUAAAAUUGCUUCUCAAAUUGUAAAAGAUCAAAAAAUACCUGUCACUACUGACCCUAUCAUUGGUCCGACGAAAAAUGCUAAAGAUUUCUCGUCAGAUAUUAUACUUAAGAAGGCUGAAACAGAACCUAUUAAAAUGAAUGAAGCACAAACUCCAGUUGAGGAAGUGUCUUCUCAUAAUGAGAAUGUAAUAAGUGCACCUCAAAUUAGUCAAGGACAAAAUAUUUUAGAUAAUCAAAAUCCAAAUCCUGGUCAUAAUGAAGUAAUUUCUACCACAGAAAUCCCAUUAAAUGAAGAAAUAGUUACAACAACUAAAAAUACAGUAUCCAUUGAGCCAGAAACUACUGGGAAUAAUCAAGUUUCUGAUAAACAAGACCAAUUUAAUAGAUCCUCACCAAAUAACAGCCGUGAAAUAGAUUCAUUGCCUACAAACUUGGAAAAAGUAACAGAUAACAAUAAAAAACCUAAUAAAAGCGCAGAAUCAAAUGAAAAUUAUGAGGACGACAAAACUACAGGAACCUCUAUUCCUGAAAUAAGCUCCCCUAAUGAAGACACCGAAUUAUCUAAUCAAACUUCACCAGAUGUAAGUAGUUCCCCUUCGCCACCUGAACUAUCGCAAAAUACAGAAGCUAGUAACAGAAACGUAUCAAACGAGAGAGUAAACACUGAUGAAGACGAUGAUUCCAAUGAGAAGAUACCUAGCACUGAAAUUAAAAAGAAAUAUGAUGAAGAAAACUUAGGCAGCAUACCACCGAGUUCAGAAUCGGAUAUAAAUUCUCCUGCCACUAAAGCUACUUCACUAUUUCCUCCAGUGAACCCCGAAACAACAGAUUUAACGAUAACCAAAACGCCAAUUGAGAAUCAGAGUGACAGCAUAACUAAUAAUACUGCACUUUUAUCAAAUGAUGGCGAAGUUGUAGACAUAGAGGAAGCCCCGAAUUCAACUCAACCGGAAUCAAUUACAUCAACCUCUAGUCAGGGAGAUAACAAUAACAUACCUAAAGUCCAGACAGCUGAUGUGAAUGAUGAGGCUACUUAUGAGGAUGCAUCUCCCGUUCGUAAUAAUUCUAAAAGUAUUCCCAAUGAAGAGGACGUUUCAAGAGAGGAAUCUGAUUUAAAUACAAAGCCGAGUUUAAGUCCAAAACAGAAUGUAUCCAGUUCUGAUGAGGAAUUGAACCCUGUAUCAAAGGAAAGUGUGAAAGAGAAUAAAAAUUCACCAAUAGAUGACGUUGAAGGCACAGUUGUAAAUUCAAGUCCAAGCAGUGGACUGACCGCUUCAAAUAAUGAAGAGAGUGCAGUACCAGUAGCUGCUUCUAAUGAUUCAUACUACCAGAAUCCUAUUGACAAGACUGUUGAAGAGAAACCUUAUGAGGAUGAAGAUGAUAAAGAAGAAACUGUAACUUCAAAGUCAAAUGAUAAACUUCAAACAGACGUCUCAAAACCAUCAGCUAGUACUGAAAAUACAGACACAGAACCAUCGUGGUUUAACUUAAAUGAGAUCCUCUUAAAAAAGCUAUUGAGUAACGAUGACUUACACAAUUCAUUUUAUUUCUUGUUCCCGCGACCCAAACCCAAUAUAAGAGAGACGAAAAAGACAAUUUAUCCGAAUGGAACCGUCAUUAUUGAGACGACUCAGACGAUUGAUGCUGACGGUACGUACAGAAGAAAUUAA